UUAGUUUUAGUUUUAGUUUUAGUUUUAGUUUUAGUUUUAGUUUUAGUUUUAGUUUUAGUUUAAAAUACCAAUAUUUAACGGUGAAUAUAAUAAUAACCGUUCCAAUAGUAUUCAUGAAAUAUAUAACAAAACUAAGGGACAUGCAUACGUUAUAAAUAAGUAAUAUACACCAAAUUACAUAUAUUAAAAAAAAAUUAUAUUUUCCAUGUCAGUUUUCAAAGAGGAAAACGGGUAUACAAUAUUAUAAUAUAUUUAUUUAUGUAAUUACAAUAUACAAUACAACAUAAUACAUUUUUUUAGUAAAACCUAAACUAAAAUAAAAAUUCACCCCUCGGCAGGGUGCUGUAGAUGCUGGCAGCAUUACCCCGCUGGAUUGCAAUACUAAUGCGCUGUGCGAAGAAGCUGCCAGCCCUACGGUCCCCAGUCGCAUCCACAAGCCUCUUUGACAAAGCCCCAAAAAAAUUCAGUGCACCGGGACCCCACGGGCCAAGUGUUUCCACACCAAAAGGGGUAAAACUAUAUUCUUGGCCGAUGCGGCUGUACUAGAGCUAAUCUUUUUUUUCGCUCAGCCGCAUCCGCCGCUGCACCCGGUGAGACGGAAGUGCCAUGAAGAUGGGAUGGGGCUAGUGUGUCCACGCAUGUAGCGUCCCACACCAACACCCGUCCCAUCUCCCACGGAAUCAAUGACAUUCCGUUCGGCCUUUUACCAUCGUCCCUGAGGACGCCGGAGGGCUCGAGCAAAGCCGGCACGUUAGCGCCGCUGGCGAGCGCGCGUUGCAAGAUGUCGUUGAGAGCCCAGUGCCUGGAAAAACGCCCAGCACUCCUUUGACACGAAAGCCCGUGGUGGCCGCGCACAUCGACAUCAACUCCACAGGGGCACCGAUGAGGAGCACAAACACGGACACCCAGCCGCAAACAGGUUGCCACGCGCAUGGUGUUGAGUUAUAGUACCAAACGGGUAUUAAUUUUUAUGGAGAAACGGACGUCCACUUUCCUCUUAAGCUAUAUUUUGUUAGAAAAGAAAUACAUUUCCGUUAAGGAAUAACAAACGUGCAUUACUAAGUGAUUAGUCACACGAACAUCAUACAUUGAACUCAUUAAAGUUUCUCGAUACCUUUACUGAAAUCGUAAAUCCAAAAAUUAACAUUUCCUAAAGUUAAGAUUGUUGUUUUCCAAUAUUAGCCUCUAAGAUAUAGUUGAAUAAGGUUGGUAUUGGCUAGUGUAUCGAUUGCAGAUCGAGAGUCGAUGAGAGUUCAUUGAUCCGCGAGGUCAUUGCCAAAUAAACAUGUCGUACAGCCUCCUGGGGACCUAAAAUGACGCUCACUCGUGAAUUAGCAAAAUUAUAGUUAAGCAUCGCUUAUUAAUUAAUAAUAUUGGGUAGUGGGGUUUAUCAGCUUGUAGAUAUAUUAACUUACCUGGAUAGUAGCAGUGGCUGUGCAAAAAAUAUUGAUAAGCAUACCGGGGCAAAAUUCCGAGUUCCUUUUCUCCAUGAGGUCAAGGAAAAUGCCAAGAAAAGGUCCGUCUAAAAAUUAAAAUAUGCAUGUUUGUUUAUAACAGAAGCUGUUAUAAUGUUUUUCUAUUUAACCGGGUAACUAAAGUUGACUCAAAGUCUGUUUUAUCACACAUUUUUAGAUGACUAAUGUAAUGUAUAGCUCGUGUCAUCCACAAUGACGCGCAGAUUUGUCAAAUCUAAACUUGAAUAACAUGACAUUUGGAGCCAAGACACGCGUCCUCGUGAAUGACACAAUCUAUAGACAAAAUAUUUUACAAACAGACAUUGCAAGAAAUUCGACAAGCAAACAUAAAAGCUUGUAAAACUCGGCCUAUCUCUCUCUGGUCCAUUCAAAAGCAACAUUUUAACCUCCGUUAGUGUCCAUACCGAGAGAUCAAAGAACGACUUAGUACACUUUAAACCUGACCACAUGAUCGCGUGGUACAUAAACAAUUAUUAAUAAAAAUAUUUCAACGCGAGUAAAAUGUGGUGUCGUAUUACAAUAUUUUUCAUAGUUUUGUGUCUCGGAAGUACUCUACCUCAGGUGAGUGUAAUUAUUUAUUUGUGGAACGGAUUUAGUAGAAUUUGAGGCCAAAUCUCAUUUUAAAGAAACAUUAGUAACAUUGUUCUUGUUUGGUGUUGUAUGUCUAAAAUAACUCUGUCAAAAACUAAAAUAAAAUGUGGAGCUACUUUCCUACAUAUGUAUCUUAGUAUGUACUAUGUUACAUUUACGUUAAGGUAUUAUCAGAUACCCAUGUUCUAGGAAGUUUGUAUAUGCGAAAUUGUAGAAUUUCUAAUUUCUGAAUUUCGGAAACUUGUUUGUUUUAUUACGAUAAUUAAACUUAAUUAUAAGAAUGCCUUUAGAAAACAUGAGUGAAAAAGUGAUGAACAAGAAUUACAUGUUUAAGUACAUGCCGUAUUUUUCCUUUUACUUAAAGUGAAACGUCGUAUGUCCUACACGAGAUCACAGUAGAUUGAUAACCAAGAGAUAAAACCCACUUAUUUCAGUCGAGGUAGUUUAAUAGUCCGAGACAGAAACGGUGCCGGUCACCCGAGUUAAACACUCUACUUUUCAUUUUGAAUAUGAAGAAAAUAAAAUACAUGUGUAUUUAAAAACAUGACUAAGUAUAAACUUUUAUAGUAUUUGGUGACAAUUUAGGUAAAAAGUAAAUUUUCAAUUAACAAUUCAAGUAAAAGUAUCGUGAUUCAUGAAAUGGGGAGUUAUAUAUCAGAAUGGCAAUUGCAUUACAGAUACAUUUAAUAUCAAAUUUCAAUUGUUAUCGUAAUAUAAAAGUUUUCUGCACACUUUUUAGUUAACAAUGACCCACCUUUAGAGCAUGAGAAAUGAAAAGUUAGUAUAAGCACUCGAAGAAAUGACGAACUUUGUUGCACAAUUAACUAUUGCGUUUGCAGGACCAGCAAAUAGUUUACGAGUCGGACAUAGUUACCGAGUCCCAAUCCUCGACGGAAUCAUUGUCCGUUUCGGACGAAGCAUAUGUAAACGUGCGGGCCCGGCCGAGACAGCGGUACCUGCCCCCAUGCAGUCAAUGCAGCUGCGGCGAACGUAAUGAGGAGCCUCGCAUCGUGGGCGGCUCCGCGGCCAGCAUGAACGCCUUCCCGUGGCUGGCGCGGCUCAUCUACCACAACUCCUUCGGCUGCGGAGCUUCCCUCAUCAAUGACAAAUACGUCGUGUCCGCUGCGCAUUGUUUGAAAGGUUUCAUGUGGUUCAUGUUCCGAGUGACUUUCGGCGAGCACGACCGCUGCGACAAGAGUACGAGACCUAUCACCCGUUACGUCACUAAAGUGGUCGCCCACAACUUUUCCCUCUCCGACCUGAGCAAUGAUAUCGCCCUGCUGAAGAUCAGUUCACCGGUUACGUACUCCCACGCUGUACGCCCCGUGUGCUUGCCGAAGUAUCAAGGAAGAUCCUACGAAAACUCAAUCGCAACAGUAUCUGGCUGGGGCGCAACUGGCGAGACCAAAAACUGGUCAUGCACACUCCUAGAGGCCGAGUUACCUGUUCUUAGUAACCAGGAGUGCAGGAACACUAAGUACAACGCCUCCAGGAUCCAGGAGGCGAUGCUCUGCGCCGGGUUCCCGAAGACGGCACAUAAAGAUGCUUGUACUGGUGACAGCGGUGGACCUCUUAUAACCGAAAAUUCAGACCACGUCUAUGAACUUAUAGGUAUCGUUUCCUGGGGCUACGGUUGUGCGAGGCUUGGGUAUCCGGGUGUCUACACGAGGGUCACAAAAUAUCUGGACUGGAUCAGAAACAACACCGACGAUGCCUGUUACUGUAGGGAUCACCGCAGUACAGGUUCAGCACGCGCCAGACUAUUAGCAGCAGGUGCUAGGGAAUCCGGCGCCUGGCUACACGCCUUCCCGUCGGUACAUACCGGUACCUUCCUGGAACCGCACACUCUGCGCGUUGCUGCCUGCCUGCGACUCGGCGUCCGGGUCUGUGCCCCACAUAGGUGCCCCUGCGGCACUAACGUCGACGUCCUUGGACACCACGGGCUCUCUUGCCAAAGGAGCGCCGGCCGCUUCUCCCGACACGCCGCGCUCAAAGAUAUUCUCCGCCGGUCUCUCGCCAGCGUCAACGUGCCAGCUCUACUUGAGCCCGCCGGCAUUUUAAGAGACGAUGUUAAUUCCUGGAAAUUUAUUUUCUUAAGUGCAUUUGUUUUAGCAUUCACAAUAAAGGCUGAUGAAGAAUUAUUAAAGAAAAUUCAAGACGAUGAAGAUUAUGAAAAGAUACCUAAAUGCAAUUGUCGAUGUGGUGAACGCAACGAAGCUUCCCGAAUAGUGGGUGGCGUUGAGACGAUGGUGAAUGAGUUCCCCUGGAUGGCGCGAUUGACGUAUUUUAAGAAGUUCUACUGCGGUGGCAUACUCAUCAACGACCGCUAUGUGCUUACUGCUGCGCACUGCACUAAAGGGCUGAUGUGGUUUAUGAUAAAAGUGACCCUGGGCGAACACAACCGCUGCAACGAGACCUCGCGCCCCGAGACGCGCUUCGUGACGAGGAUCGUCGCUCACAACUUUACAUAUGCCACUUUUCGACACGACAUCGCGCUGCUCCGUCUCAACCAGCCUGUCAAUAUUACUGAUACGAUCAAACCUAUCUGUCUGCCACAUAGUGACGAUGACACAUACGUAGGAGUGAAGGCCAUAGCAGCGGGCUGGGGUUCAGUAACCGAGCAGAAGAACCACUCCUGCGUGCUGAACGACGUGGAGCUGCCCGUCCUCAGCAACGACGUCUGCAAGAAAUCCAAGUACGAGGAAGCCAUGAUAGCUGACGAAAUGUUGUGCGCCGGCUUUCCUGAUCAAGGAAUGAAGGAUACUUGUCAGGGUGACAGCGGUGGACCGUUGGCAGCCGAAAGGAAAGACAAACGCUACGAGCUUUUAGGAGUGGUUUCGUGGGGUAUCGGAUGCGGGCGCUCCGGUUACCCUGGAGUGUACACGCGGGUCACCAAGUACCUGUACUGGAUCCGACAUAAUGCACGGCAAGGAUGUUUCUGCUCAGAUUAAUCAUUUAUAUAUAUUUACCACGUAUAUUGAUUUUAGCGAGAAGAAGUUGCACAUUCCAUCUCUUCCCACACGACAUAGCUCUACUAUUUUUUGGAUUCGCUUGUACACAAUACUACUAUCGUCUGCAUUCUCAUUUAAGUACAAAAACAUUACACAUGGUAAAUACCCCUUCCUUUUCUAAUAGUAUUUAUAAUCGAAAUCUUAUAUCUACACAUUA